AUGACUGGACGGGAUGGGCUUUUGGAUGGGCGCUCUAGGAGUAGAGCCCUGGCUCCAGACUGUCCUCCCACAGGCCCUCGCCUUCGAAGCUUCGCCAUCAACGACCUGCUGGGCUUGGAAUCGGACUUGCCAACUCAGGCUGGGCCGGGGUUAGAAUCCAGCUGUGAAGCUCCAGCGGAGACCGCGGGCCCCGGGCCGGGAUUCUGCGGUUCCUGCCCUGCGCGCGGGGCUCUCCCGCUGGGUCUGGGCCUCCUCUGCGGCUUCGGGGCGCAACCCCCCUCCGCGGCUGCUGCUCGUGCUCGCUGCCUGUUCCUCGCCGAUCUGAGGUUUCUGUCGCCUGCAGGACCUGAGCCAGCGGUCGCCCAGACCCCGAUCUGCCCUCCGCCCACACUCGGCCGCCAGCAGCGCAGUGAGAGCAUCUCCACGUCGGAUGGGGACAGUCCAUCUGAAGAAAAGAGUGAUCUGAAGAUGUCCCCUGCCCCAGGCAAGAGGAAGAAGCGGAGGCACAGGACGGUUUUCACUGCCCAUCAACUGCAAGAACUGGAGAAGGCAUUUGGUGAGGCUCACUACCCUGAUGUGUAUGCCCGGGAAAUGCUGGCUGUGAAAACAGAGCUCCCCGAAGACCGAAUACAGGUCUGGUUCCAGAACCGGAGAGCCAAGUGGCGCAAGCGAGAGAAGCGCUGGGGUGGCAGCAGCGUGAUGGCUGAGUAUGGGCUCUAUGGGGCCAUGGUGCGCCACUGCAUUCCGCUGCCAGAUUCUGUGCUCAAUUCGGCAGAUAGCCUGCAGGGUUCCUGUGCACCCUGGCUCCUGGGGAUGCAUAAAAAGUCUACCGAGAUGAGGAAACCAGAGAGUGAAGACAAGUCAGGAGGACUCUGGGAUUUUGACCACUUUAAGGAAGGUGCUAAUAAAGGUCAGGAUGGAUCUGAAAGGGACCCAGACAAAAUGAACCUAGAUCCUGAGGAUAGCUUGGAAGAUGUGGCCAUUGACCUGUCCAGCUCUUCCAGGCAGGAGACGAAGAAAAUGCCCCUCCAGUCCAGUGCUCAGGGAUAUUCCCAUGACCCAGGGCUGCAGGUGCUCCAGCCCCCAAAGGUGGGAGCCUCAUGAGACCAACAGAUAGCUCCCUCUUGGAAAAAUACGUAUUUCUCAUGAGCAAUUUUUGGAGACAAAACUGCUCUAAGACAAACACCUUCAGUUUGAUUUUCUUCCUGAAACAUCUGGAUAAAUGCUGAUCCAGGGGAGGUCCCAUUUAAUUCUAGAAUGGAGAGCAUUCACACAACCUCUUGAAUCAGUCAAUUUGGCCUAAAGUUUUGUUUCUUCCUUGUAGAAUUUGAGCAGGGAACAUUUGAAGUUCAAAGAUAAUUUUAGGGACAGGG